UUAAAAUUCAAAAUGGAAAAAAUUUCAGACGACCCGGGAAGCAAUAAUUCAGACACAGAGUAUGAAGAGGAAGAUAAGGAGCCAGAAGAUGAGAAUGACAACCUCCUGCAAGAAAUGACUGCCAUUGCACAGAGUGAGGAGUAUAUUGGAUCCUUAACAGAGCUUGAAAUCAUAUUUGUGCCCAUAAAGAGUCUUGAGAAUCUCAAAUUAUGCCAUAACUUAAUCCAUCUGACUCUCCUCAAGACACGAACCAAGACUAUUGAAGGGAUUGAGUCAUGAGGUCACAGUCUAGAAUCAAUCACAAUGGUCGGAUGAGAGUUAGAAAUUAUUGAGAAUUCCUUUGCAUAUUUGCCAAAUCUGCGAGAAAUUAACCUCUCUGAGAACAAUAUUCCAUGAAUUCAAAACCUUGAUAAUUGUCUCCAUUUGGAGAAGAUAACACUUAGUUGUAACAAAAUAGGAAAUAUUACAGGCCUCAAGAAUAAUAAAAAGCUGAAAGAGUUAUAUUUACAAGAAAAUCUCAUCACUAAAGUUGAAGGAUGAAUUAACCUCCCUAAUCUACAAGUUCUGUACCUCUCCGGCAACAAGAUCAAGAAUCUGAAUGACUUAAAAGAUAUUGAGAAUUUAAAGCAGCUUAAGAGACUUACCUUCGCUUGCGAGAAUUUCUGACCCUGCCCAGUUGCAGAAAUUCAAGGCUACAGACAAUAUGUGCUUACAGUGUGCUCUCAGAGUCCUUAUCUCGAGAUGCUGGAUUCAGAAUAUCUCUCUGAAGAGGAUAUUAGCUACUCAAAGAACGAGUUUAUAGAGUCUAUACUAGAACUCCAAAAAUCCUUAGAGGAGGUUGAAAAAUCUCAUCGACACUCAGUCCUGACUAUCGAUUCCAAGCUCCGUGAAAAUGAGCAGCAUCUAGAAGACAUCGAGGACACUCUUAUUGAAGAACUCAACAAUUUCCGUCAUGAAAUUGAAGAAGGAAAGAACAAAUUGCUUAAUGAAUUCGAGAAAUUAAAAUAAACUCAGAACGAAAUCUGAAGACACUUUCCUCAAGAGCCUUAAAGAAAUAGAAUCAAAUUAUGAAAACAUCCUAACUACCGUGUUACAGACUGAGGAGAAAAAUGAAAGAACAGUCAAAAGCCUUGAAUUUGAAAGAGAUGUCCAUGUUACACUGGCAGAUAGUUUAUACAGAACACAGGGUAAGGUGAUACACUCAGAGAUUAUUAAAUCAUCUGCUGAAUUUUCUUACCUUUCUGGCCUGGUAAACCAGGCCAAGAAAGGUGAGCUUGUCACCAGAUUGCGUAAGGCAUUUCAUGUAAACUUUACUGAUGUUGCAUUCACAGAGCAGUUACUUGGCCCAAGAAUGUUUCUGAAGUUAUCUAUCCAGGAACUCACAGAGUUCCUGGUGAAGAGAACUCUUCCAGAGUUCUCACCAGAUCUCAUUGAUGAGAAGUUCAUUGGUGAUAUUUCACUAGAAGCAGGUAAUUUUGUCAUCCUUGCAGUUAAGGGAGAGAAAAGAGCGGUUGCUACUGCAAAUCCAGUCCUCCACUUCUGGUCAAAGAAUGAAGCUAGCAAAAUUGUUGCUGAAUUUGUAAUGGUGAUAUCAUGCUUAUCAUCAAGUGAUGCACAAAUCAUUAACAAGAUGAACGAAGAUGAAAGGAUUAUAGAUGUUAUCUCAGAUACACAUGAUCUUCCAAUCGAGUCUUUAGCAAUGAUUAAAAACCUUGAAAGGGAGAUCUUUGAGAAAUUUGCCGAUCACGAGAGAAGAGUUUGGGGAGAACUAGAGCCUAAUGCAUUGUCUAAAUAUAAAAUGCAGCAGGAUGAACUCACAAAACUUCAUGGCUCGCUUCAAUCCCUCAAGCUUAAAAUUGAUGAGGAAAAGUCCUGUCAGGAGAAAAUACUUGUCAACAUGAGAGAAGCAAUAAUCGGUAAUGGUGGUCCAAAAUUGUACUAAACAAACUUAUCUUAAUGCACAUUAUU